GAUCUGAUGAGUAAGAAGAUGAAAAGGGUUACUUUUGAUUUGUCUUCUCAUGCGUCGUAUGAGGAUGCUAGGGCAAGAAUUAAGCAUCAAACCCUUCUUCAAGAUUUUAUAGAGUUACAACAGGAAACAGAAGCCCAAAGAAGCAAUUUGAUGGCUUUGAAACAAAAGAAACUAACCUUACAAGCCGAAGUUAGGUUCUUGAGGCAAAGAUACAAAUUUCUAACAAAUAACAAGUCAUCAUCGACUCCAAAAAAGCAAUUAUUUUCAAAAUGGCACCCAACCCGAGUCAAAAAAAGCAAAAAAGAGAAGGUUAAUCAUGAAAAGCAAUCACCUUUACACAACAUCAAGAAAAAAGCUCCUGAAUUCGACUUGAAUCUUGGAAAUUCUUUACAUGUGAAAGAACAAUCUGUUCAAAGAGCAAUUUCAAACCAACGGGUCAGGAUCAACGGGCCAAAGAUUAACCCAUUUCGUGAUUCAAACCCGCAAAACAACCUUUUUGGAUACCCAGAACCCACGGGUCAAAAAAAACCCAUAAUCGACUUGAACCAGAUUUCUAGAGAAGAAGAGGAAUUACAAGAUCAAUGUCAGCCGUUUGAUCAUCGAACAAAUGUGCGGUUAUCAAUCUUUAGGAAUGUUCCGGGUGGUUCUGGUUUGGAUUUGGGUCCGGGUCCGGGUACGGGUUUGGGGUCGGGUUCGGGUUUGAGGGUUAAGCCUGUGAAGAGGAAGAUAUCUUGGCAAGAUCCUGUGGCUCUAAGUGUAUGGGGUGUAUAAAUAGAGGGUUUUGCUAUAUAUGGAAAGAAAUGAGUUAGAUUUUUGUUAAAUGUUAUAUGGUGGUUUAAUUCUAGGGUUUUGAGAGUGAUUUUGUGGUUUAGAAGGAAAGUCUUUUUUGUAGAGGAAAUUUCUUAGAUUUGUGGGUUAUGAGAAUGGGAGAGAACAAUUCUUUUGUUGGUUUGUUUGGGUGAUUGAUGAAAUGAUUGUGAAGGUUUUUUUUAAGUGUUCUAUCUAUUAUUCAUUAAGUUUUUUAAUUGUGGAUUCGUGUACCAUGAUAUUUUUCUUUUGAGUUGUUGAAACUUGAAAUGUACAAAUGUGUGUUCUAUAUAUUUCUGAAA